AAUCCACCAACGACAAACAGAGAGAGUCUGUUUAAUCAUAUCCAGUCUUUGACACCACUGUCUACGUUUUCUUUCGCAUAUUCAUUUUGCUGUUUUCCAUGAACAACAACCAUUUUUCUCCUAUACAGUCGCCCUUUGACUUUGCUGGCUUGAACCAGAUUCCCCAUCAUCUUCAACGCAGCAACAGCACCAACAGGAACGCCAAUAUUCCCAACACCACCAACACCAACGCCAAAACCUCUCCCAGCAACAACAUGAAUCCCAACAAUCCAAAUAAUUACAACAACUUCAACAACCUCUUAUCUCCUCAGUUCAAUCCCAUUUCCAACAACUUGCUGGACUUGCCUAUAAACUACUCGUUAAAUUCUCCUCAAAUUAACCCUCAAUCUUUUAACCAAAACCACGUCAACAAUAAUUUUAACCAAAACAACAAUUUCCAUAAUAAUUUUCAAAAUUUGAACCAGUUGGAUGAUUUUGAUAAUUUUGGCUUAACUACAAUCAACUCAAAUGAUAAUAAUAACAGCGCCAAUAAUAACAAUAAUGGCAAUAACAUUAAUAGCCAUUUUAAUAACUUAAAUUCAAACAAUUCUCCCUCAAUUCCUAUUCAAUUUAAUUUUAACAAUCAAAACAAAAAUAACAACAACAAUAAUCAAAACUUCAAUAGCUAUCAAAGCCCUCAUCCUGUCAUCAACAACCCAAAUAACUUAUCUGACAUGUACUUUAAUUACUUAUCGCCUCCCCAUGACUCUAAAAACAUCAACAUCAACUUCAAUGCUAAUCCUCAAAACAAACUAUCUUAUUUUAAUAACAACAAUAACAACAACAACAACAACAACUCAAUCACAAACAACAUCCUAUCUCCCUCCUCUUACGGCGGCUCUUUAGAUGUUCAUUCUCCAUAUCCUGAUCCCUCCUCUUUUGACGCCUUAAAAUCUCCAACUUUAAGGUCCCCUGCUACUAACUCACUUUCAAUAAGAUCUUCCUCUUUACAACAAAAACAACCCCUAACUAAAGAGGAGAAAUUAAGAAGGAGAAGGGAAUUUCAUAAUGCCGUCGAAAGAAAAAGAAGAGAUAAUAUCAAAUUCAGAAUCAAAGAAUUGAGUACCUUAGUACCAAAGUCUCUAUUAGCCUACGAUGAUAAUGGCAAAGAAAUUAAACCAAAUAAAGCGAUAAUCCUAAAUAAAACCGUAGAUUACAUCAACCAUUUACAUCAUGUCAUGAAAAGUCAGAAAGAAAGAGAAUUGGAUAUUGUGGCUAAAAUUAAAGAACUAAAGGAUUUGCCAAUCCCAAAUUUAGAUUUAAAUAGCAGCAACAAUAACAAUAACAACCAUAAUAUCAAUAAUAACAGUAACAAUAGCAACGUUAAUAACAAUAACAUGCUCAACAAUAAUGGUCUUGAUUCUAUUAACAUCAAUCCUCAAAACGAAGAUUUACUAUCUGCUUUCGCAUUUGAUGCUUUUAAUGACUCGAACCAAUCUAAAUUUUCAAACAAUCAAAAUUUAAAUUUAAAUUUGAACCAACUUAACCAAAAUAACCAAAAUUCAGCCUCAAACUCAUAUUCAAAUUCAAAUUUAAUGCCAAAUCAAAAUAUAAACCCAAUUCAAAAUCAAAAUCAAAAUCAGAACCACAACCAAAACCAAAAUCAGAACCCAAAUGAAUAUUGGUAUAAUGAAAUAUCAAUGGAUAUGAAAAAUUUUUAUUAAUGAUGUUAUUUUUUUUUGUUAUAUCUUUAUAGUUUUCAAA